AUGGUUUACAUCUUCUUCAUGGCAGCAUGCAGUUCAACCAUUGCGUGUGACCAUUGCGCAAAGUGCUUUGGACAAACAGCCGCCCUUCAGAUCCACAUUAGGACUCACACCGGGGAGAAGCCCUACAAGUGUGACCAUUGCGCAAAGUGCUUCAGACAGACGAGCCAGCUUACGGGCCACAUGAGGACUCACACCGGGGAGAAGCCCUACAAGUGUGACCAUUGCGCAAAGGGCUUUGGACAUUCAAGCCAUCUUAAGAACCACAUGAGGACUCACACCGGCGAAAUGCCCUACAAGUGUGACCAAUGCACGAAGAGCUUCGGACAGACAAGCCAUCUUAAGAGCCACAUGAGGACUCACACCGGCGAAAUGCCCUACAAGUGUGACCAUUGCGCAAAGGGCUUCGGACAGCCAUGCCAUCUUAAGAGCCACAUGAGGACUCACACCGGCGAAAUGCCCUACAAGUGUGACCAUUGCGCAAAGAGCUUCGGACAUUCAAGCCAUCUUAAGAGGCACAUGUGGACUCACACCGGCGAGAUGCCCUACAAGUGUGACCAAUGCGCAAAGCGCUUCGUACAGACAAGCCAGCUUAAGAGCCACAUGUGGACUCACACCGGGGAGAAGCCCUACAAGUGUGACCAAUGCGCAAUGCGCUUCGAACAGACAAGCACCCUUCAGAUCCACAUGAGGACUCACACCGGGGAGAAGCCCUUCAAGUGUGACCACUACGCAAAGCGCUUCAGACAAAGAGGCAGCCUGAAUGUCCACAUGAGGACUCACACCGGGGAGAAGCCCUACAAGUGUGACCAAUGCACGGAGCGCUUCAUUUAUAAAGCCUGCCUGAAGAGCCACAUGAAGACUCACACCGGAGAGAAGCCCUACAGGUCUGAACAAAUGCACGAAGCUCUUCAGUCAGAAAAGGCACCUGGAGGACCACAUGUGUUAUGUAUUUUAAGCACAUAAGCUGCCCCCACAUAGCCACUAGGAAGCAGGAUCGAACACACAAGCUGUAAUAUCUACCCCAGCUACAGAAGGCAGCAUCUUUAAGACAGACGCGGAAGCUGCAGCUAAGAGCUAGACCAAGCCCACUUCACAUAAGCCAGGCCUACUUGGUCCAAUUUCAGCGACCGGAGCCAGCGGAGGUCAGAGAAUCAUAGGCGCCCCGCAGAGAGACUCGGGCCUAAGCCCGGGGCUCGAAGUAGCUCACGGUAUUACUCUCUACUAGUGUUGGAUACAAUUCCCUCCCUUUUGCUUCAUAGUUACCAUACCGAAAUACUUAAACAAAUAAAGUGAGUUAAAAGCCACCUGUUUCGAACUACUUUCAA